GUCAUAGUCGUUUAGAGUGCGUCGGUGUCGACGGCAUGGCCAAUAUGAUGCGAAAAAUAUAGUUGAAUUUCGUAAAAAAAAAAAAAAAAAAUCUACCCUGUGGAUUUGUAUGUAAUAUAUAAAAAAAAACAACAAUAAAUAUUUUUUUAACGGCGAGUUCCGACUCGCUUGCGAAACCCUUGGCGUGGUCACUAUGACAUAGUUGGUCAAAUUUAAUAAUACUACAUCAUCAUUAUUGUCGUUCGGCUAAAAGACAAAAAAUAAAAAUCACCGUCGUUCAUAAUCCGGCGUGCCUAUUUAAUAUGCCGAUUUAUUAUCCACGACAAGCGGAUCGCUAGACGAGCAUCAAACGAGAAGCGUUUCCGAAUAGAAACCCGUAAAAUGGGAGUCGGCCAUUCAAACAAACAAGAUCGAUCGUGUCCGCUGGACGGUGAAGUGAACUUCAAUCAUUUUGAAAUAUUGCGGGCAAUCGGCAAAGGAAGUUUCGGCAAGGUUUGCAUAGUCGAAAAGAAAGAUUCCAGACAAAUGUACGCAAUGAAGUACAUGCAAAAGAGCAGAUGUAUUGAAAGGGACGCUUUGAAGAACGUUCUAAGGGAAAUGGAAAUAUUAACUACGCUUGAACAUCCUUUCCUAGUAAAUUUGUGGUUUUCGUUUCAAGACGAAGAAGAUCUUUUUAUGGUGUCUGAUCUGUUAUUGGGCGGUGACCUGAGGUAUCAUCUCGGUCAAGACGUCAAGUUCAACGAAAACUGUAUUAAACUCUUUGCUUGUGAAAUCGGUUCAGCAUUGGAGUACUUACAGAGUGAACGAAUUAUUCACAGGGAUAUUAAACCGGAAAACAUAUUACUGGACGAAGAGGGUCACGCACAUAUCACGGAUUUCAACAUAGCCGCUACUCUAAUCGAUAAAAAAGUAGCGACGUCUUUAUCUGGAACAAAACCCUACAUAGCCCCUGAAGUGUACUUGUGCUCGUUGGGUGAAUGUCCCGGUUACUCGUAUGCAGUCGACUGGUGGUCACUAGGUGUUACCCUUUAUGAAAUCAUGUCCAGAUGUCGACCGUACGACAUACAUUCAAAUACAUCACCUCGAGAAGUUAGGACUAUGAUUAUGAAUUCAACUAGUACUACACCAAUACCACCGAGGUGUUCCGAUCAAUUGGGAAUACUCUUUCAAAAGCUGCUGUGUAUAAAUCCUGAAGAGAGGAUUACAAAUGUAAAAAAACUGAAAUCGGUUCCAUGUAUAAGCCGAUACAACUUCGGAAUGAUUUUGGAAAAACAAAUCAAACCAUCUUUUACGCCACCGAAAGAUCGGUUAAAUUGCGACCCGACGUUCGAACUCGAGGAAAUGAUCGUCGAGCCCAAUCCAUUGCACAGAAAACCCAGAAGACUGGCCAAACAAAGGUCGUUGAGGAAUUCUACUUCGAGCGAGGACACGGAAAUCAACCGGCAACUACAGCAGUUCAAGUUUUACAACCGCGAGAGGGAACUUGAAAGGCGAGAAAUGGAACGCAAAGAGCACGAUUGGGAACAGGAGCUGAUCAAAGCCAUGAAUGCUUCGACGAUACCCGCAAUAGUUCCCACUAUGGUGGUGGGCACGGACAAGGCUGACCUGCUAACGGUACCGAUGAUCCAAAGCGAGCGGCGACGGUCCAGCUGUUGCAAGUUGAACAUCAGUCCGGUCAGCAUUCAAACUAGGCUUUCGGCAACCGCCCAGGCCGAAAGCAGUUGACAAAAACACGACGAACCGACAGAAUGAUCUGGCUUACGGCCCGUCUCGUAUAAUAGAUUGUUAUCUGCCGACUGUAUUUUUGCGACGCCCGUCAAGUCUAUUGUGAUGAAUAUUGUUUCUUCUAGAACAAGUAUACAGACACUCGGGGAUACGACGACUGUCCCAUUUUCUCCCCCUAAACGCUUUGACAAAUCACAGCACAAUAUCCGUGCAGACUAAAAUUAAAAUUACAAUUGAACAAUUGAAUCGUUCGUUAAAAACGACUAGGAAAAGUCGACUCGUAGUUUUUUUUUAAUUUAAAUUUGUUUAAUUAAAUCAAAUUAGUUUCAACACGUUACAAUCUAUGAUACACAGGUGUUAGUACUUAUUUCGAGUACCUAAUUAUUUUAUAGCACUGCCAUUAUUACACAAGAUAUACCUACUUUUCUAGA